CGAGGCAUUACACUCAAUGAGGAAAGUCAUUCCAUUUGUUCAGGAGUACCGGGCAUCGGGGCUGGAAAUUUGGACUGGGAUCGGUUGUGGUGCUGGCAUAUUAUCGCACAAGUAUGCAUUACAAGAUCAUUGUCACCGCUGGCCCUUCGCUGGAUGAAAGUACUCACGAGAUUGUUCAUGUGAAUUCUGAGACGAAGCUCCUUCUCGAUUCUGAACAUUUCAACGGGGAACUCACCGUGCGCGUGGCGAGAUUCGAUGGCCCUGCUCCCCAUGGGAAGGACCCAAUCCCCAAUCUGCAUACUUCGAGAAGGUUCCCGAUGCAACAUGGAGCAUUGAAGCUACUGGGCGGUAUCUUACCGAAGAGCUAACAGCUGAUGAUUUGAUGUUUGGCAUAGUCUUUAGACAGUGGGUCACCCUUGUUUUUCGACGAAAUCACAGCAUUGUAGAAUACCUCCUUCAGGUCGAUCGUGGACCGACUGCCCUCCACUUACCCAAUU